AUGGAGCGUCCCGACCUACAGCGGGUCAAGUCAGAGCCCGUCAACCUACCGCAGUCACAGUCUGCUCCCAUUUCGGGCAAUGUCGAGACAGUUGUUGUUGCGCAGGAGGAGCCUCCGGCUACAACUCCAGAGGGUGGACGAAGCCCCCUGGCACUCAGUCCGCUCUCUCGCAUCUCGUCAGAGGGGAGCAGCUCCUAUCAGGAGGACUGGGAGCCGCUUACACCGGUCGAGAGAGUGACCGUACUCGACUUGCUCGGCAACCUGGCCAUAUCACAGAAGCUGGAGAAGUGGCAGGCCUCGCUCAACGCGCAGAAGGAGAGGGUCAAGCGUCAUCAGGAGAAGUUCAGGUCAACCAGCCAGCAGGCUCGCCAGAGAGUCGUCGGUGAAUUCAAAAAGAGGAUGCCUUCUUCGGAAGAGCAGCUGCAGAAAUACCGAAAGCGGAUGAAGAGCUCGGUCGAACGACUUGCUGUCCGCUGGAACGAUACCGUCACAGUCACGGCUAUAGAGAAGAUUUCAUUUAUUGCUGGUGUGCUCAACGUAUUCAUCAGUGGCUACCUGCUCGGAGCGUUCCCUACCUACUUUUACCUCUGGUUCACCGGCCAGCUUAUCUACUUUAUGCCCCAACGAUACUAUAGAUACUGCAAGAUCGGUUACCAUUACUUCCUUGCUGAUCUGUGUUACUUUGUCAACCUCCUCACCAUCCUUAGCAUGUGGGUGUUCCCCAACUCCAAACGGCUCUUUUUGAGUACGUGGUGUCUGGCAUACGGAAAUAACGCCGUGGCUAUUGCCAUGUGGAGAAACUCGAUGGUUUUUCACAGCAUAGACAAAGUUGUCAGCGCCCCAGGCUCUCCCGAACACUACACACUGGGAGCCAUGAUGAUCUGGGCGUCUGUUCCCUACGCCAUCUGGCAGCUGAGCUACCACUUUUUCAUCACUGUGCGCCAGAGAGAUAAGAUUGCUGCCGGCCGCCCAACUAGUUUCACCUGGCUCCGUCCAUCCUAUGCUAAAACGUGGAUCGGCAAAUUCGUGCUUCACCUCUCCCUGCCACUGCAAGAACCAGCCUUCAUGAUGAUCCAUGCCUUCUUGACCGUCAUGUUCAUCUGGAGUAUCUACAACGGAGCCACAUUCUACAUCGACGUGUUCGGAAAGCGGUUCCAGAAGGAGCUCGAGCAAUUGAAGAGAGACGUGGCCAAGUGGCAGAUGUCUCCUGAAGCUCUCACGGCCGUGGCUGACCCCCAGGAUCCUGACGGAAUAAAGGCCGCCUCUCUCACCGGCGUGGUCAUGACAACCCCCAAGCAGCCCUAUGUCGAACCAAGCCAACUUAUCACCAAUCUUGAUCUCAACGCAAAUUCCAAAGCCACCUCUACCGGCGCCUUGGUCGAUGAACCUGCCUCUCAUAAUACUACAAAUAGACGACCCCAGGAUGCCUCUGUCUAG